GUAAAGUCUUAAAAAAUAAGCAGACUAUAAUUUUUUCCCCAUUUGAACGUUUUGAUUACGUGUCCAUUCUAAUAUGUCUAUGGUCAAACAAAUUUGCAGCGCCAUCUAUCGGUGUGGGACAUUUGAACUACCGCUGACAUCUGUCAAAUUUGAAUGGAUCAGCCGCGUUUGUUUUGAUGGAAUCAUGAAUAAAGGGUGGAAGAGCUUUGACUUUGGUCCCAAACAAGAAAAACAAGAUCAGGCGCCUAAAAAGCCUCAUAAAACGUUGGUGAGAGAGAAAUCUUGCAAUGAAAUUGAGUCUGUAGUGAAGAAAAAUUUUAAUUUUGAUAAAGCUGUGGCUCCAAAGAAGGUGGAAGAGUUGGCUGUGCACCCAAAGAAAAUAAAAGAAGUGGAACUAUGGUUACAAAUGGUUGUUUUAGAAAAGAAGCAAAAAUCAAAUGCUUCGUUUUUAUUAUUGUCAGGCCCCACAGGCUGUGGAAAAAUGGCCACACUAAACGUAUUAUGCAAAUCAAUGAAUAUAACAGUGUCAGAAUGGGUGAAUCCUAUUGAUCAAGAUUAUGAAAUUACAAGAGGACCAAACCAAGUUACCAGAUUCAUAGAAUUUCUCACUGAAACAAAAUACGUCUCUCUAUUUGAUGAGCCAAACCAAAAAAAAAUUGCUAUUGUUAAAGAUUUUCCCAAUGCUGUCCUAAGGAAUACAGAUGAGUUUUUUAGGGUUUUAGAAGAGUGCUACUAUCAAGCUAGAUGCCCCAUUGUUUUUAUUUGUACUGAUGGUUGCAGCAACAACACAAACUUAACAAAUAAUUUAUUUCCGCAAGAAAUCAUGGUUAAAUAUCAAAUACCACAUAUUCAAUUUAACACUUGUGCCACAACAAUAUUAAAAACUUGCAUCAAGAAGGCGAUGGAAGUUAUACAGAAGAAUCCAGAGUGCUUCAAAGUAGUUUCCCCUGAAACAAUUGAAGCGAUUUUGGCGUCCUGUCAGGGGGACAUCAGGAGUGCCAUGAACCAAUUGCACAUGGCCAGUUUGAAUGGUUGCUAUGACAUUCCCAUGGAAACCAGCAAUAAUAAAAAGGGGAAGCGUAAGAGGGGGGUUAAAAGUGAGAAAAGAGUGAAAUAUAUGAUUAAAGAUGAAACUUUGGGGUUGUUUCACGGGUUGGGGAGGGUUUUAAAUCCGAAAAAAGUCGAAGAGGAUGGUGUGUUGAGAAUAAACUGCGAUUUUGAAAAAUUAAUCGAUGAGUUCAGCACGCAACCGGGAAAUUUUACCGCGUUUCUGUUCGAAAAUUACACGCAAUAUUUCGGCGAUGUAAACGAUGCGGCUAAAGCGGCAGACAUUUUGAGCGUGUCGCAGAUAUUUUUGGAAAAAUGGCAGGACAGACACGAGGCACUAAUUUUUGCCCUGUGGGUUUCCGUCAUGGGUUUGAUGAUUUUUAAUGAACAUAAAGUUUCGAAGUGGACGCAAAUCCGGGGACCAACAAAAGUUAAUAAAAGCGCCAAUAAAAGGGAAAUGCGAGGUUUUACUCCAACAGACUGCUACUAUUACAACAUUAUUAAUAAAAGUGAUACAUUCCACGUCUUUACCUGCAAUUAGUUGUAAAUAAAAUUACAAAUCAACAGUUUUAUUUAUUUCUUUCUAACCUAUAAAAAUAUAACAAUGUUGUUGUAUAAAGCUGUGGGGUAGGUAUAAUACUAAUGUUUUUAUUAAUCAGGCUUUUAAUUUUGCCAAUUGGGCUUCAAUUUCAUCAUCAGUUAAUUGAUUUGACUUAGAGGAUUCUCCAAUUUUAUUGGUUGGGACACGAACACCAG